AUGUCGCAGCCUUCCAGUGUGCUCACUGCCGACAAGGACGGCUGGUAUAGGCCAGCCGUCAAUACAGAUGCAGGAGUCCAGUCAACUUUUAUGGCUCUGCGGAAUGACUUGGCAGAGGAAUUCACCGUAGAGAGAAUGCUCUGUCCCCACCCUACAAUUCCCGGGUCGUUCAUAGAUUCUCGCGAGGGACUCGCCACCAGCACUCAUAUGGACGAAGUGCAGCCUGCUCCCCUUCAGGUGGACAAGGCACAAGGCGCUCCUCCUGGCUUGGAUGCUUCAGUCCCUCAGCUAGGGUCUGUCGGUCCUAAAUCCCUGCCUUUGCUUGCCCCUACGCAUCACAUUGAGCCGCGGCAACCUACUCUGCCCCCUGCAAACAUUGGAGGAAUGGCAAAGGAAUCCCUGGCACCUGCGCCGACAGUUGAGGUCACAGCCAUGCAACAGCUGGUCGAAUUUAUCGGCCUCGCUGUCGAUCAAUCAGUGCAGAAGGCACUUUCCAACUUCACUCCGGUACUCGAACGCCAGAACGAGAUCAUUAGGCAGUUGGCCCCUCUGGCUACGCUUUUACCGUCGGCGCGGGCAUCGACAUCUGCCAAGAACGAAGGGCGGUCCACUGUCUCCCACUCCACGCCGAAUGGUGAAUAUGAUGGCGGAGAGGAGGAUAACGACGAUUGCGAUGAUGCGCCGAUCUCGCGUGUCAAGCGCUCCAGAGGAGAACGUGAUAACGUCUUUCAUGAUCGCUUUCGAGAAUACCUGAAGGUGAAAGGUCUUCUGCCGAAGGCUCGAGACAGCCCCCUCUCUCUGGUCCCGAAGCCGGAAAUCAUGCAAGCAUGGCACGAUGGCGAGGGGGAUGGUCCCGAUGUCACCACUCCCCUGAUCGAGUGGUCAUUGCCGCUGAGUUCUGCGUGGAACAAGGAGGUGAUCCACAUCGUCACUGAGGAGUUUCUCAAGCAGGUAGCAGGAGGCGAGCACCCACCGCUUGUGUCCGAUCCAGCGUGGACAAUCACGACGGCAUCACAGUGUUGCCUGCACAAGCUGCAGAACGGGCCUCACAAGCGAUUCACAGAAGUGGAAUUAAUGGAGGACGAAGAAGUGGAGUCAGCGAGGAAUACUGCGAAGAAGCAACGUAGGAAGAACAGUCGCAGGGAGACGGUGUAUAAACGGCGCGGUGACAUCAUCGAGGUCAACCUUCAAGACAAUCCGGCAAUCUGGGGAAAAGUCAAGAUUAUCCACAUGGCCUUAGGUCAAGGAGGCAUAAGUUCGGAUGAGACCAAUGGCGAGUAUACUCGUCGCAACGACAAGAAAGUUCGACGUGUUUGCUUGCCAUGGCGCCAUCCCUCUCUUGCUGCAUUUUACAGGAACGUCGAUUCUUAUGAGGAUGUGCACCCACUUCAUCUCACGGAACAAGGCAAUUACUCGCUGUCUCGCAUCUUUGAAGCAAAUGCGUCGUCAUCGUCCAAGAGAAAGCUGAUCACGCAGUUGCCGAAGAACUUCUACAACCCCGACUGGAUGAAGACUAUCACUCGUGCUCAGCGCAGUACCCUAUGGUUCAAACUGGCAUUCGAAAUACCUGACCUCAUAAGAAGCGUCUUUGUGUGUCGUCAUUUGCUGGCUCACGUGUGA